UUGGUGAGUGUGUACAGUGUGUUGGUGCACUGUGGAUGACCGGUUGGAGAGAGGGGGAGUGAGGGGUUGGGGUUUGUGGCUGUGAUUUCCUGAGGGUUUGAAGUCAGAGGGACAGAGGAUUGGGGUCGGACUCCGGUAACCCCAUGGCUCCCGCUGGCCACUGGCUGGUGUGGCUCAGGCUGCUGUGUUGUGUGGCUGUGUUGCGAGCUUGCUCUCCGGGCUGCCAUUGCCAGGUCGAGAGCUUUGGGAUGUUCGGGAGCUUCAGCCUGACUAAGGUGGACUGCAGUGGGCUGGGUCCUCACAUGACAGCCAUCCCCAUCCCCCUGGACACCUCGUACCUGGACCUGUCCUCCAACACCCUGACCUCCGUAUCCAUGGCUAUGUUCAGAGGACCUGGUUACACCACCUUAGCCAACCUGGACCUCAGUCACAACGGCAUCUCCCAGCUUUCCCCCGACACCUUCUCCAAGCUCAGGUACCUGGAGGCUCUCAACCUCAGUCACAAUUCCCUGGAGACUUUAGAGAACGGAAUCUUCUCCAACCUUCCACUGGGUGAGGUGGACCUCAGUCACAACCGGCUCCGUCAGGUCAACCUCGACGCUUUCUCCUCCUCCAGGGGCCACGGGAAACCCCUCACUGUGAACCUGUCAGCCAAUCACAUCUCCUGGCUUGGGUGGAACCUGGACAGAGCCACGCCCAACAUCUACACCCUCGACCUAUCGGGGAACCGGCUUGAUCGGGUGCCGACGGCCUGGCUGGCUCGCGUCCCACUCCGGUGGCUCAGUCUGGCCGGGAAUCCCAUCACCACCAUCGGGGACAAGGCCUUCUCUGGGCUGCAGGAGCUGACAGAUCUGUCCCUCUCAGGCCUCACACACCUGACAGAACUCUCCAGAGGAGCUUUCAAUGGUCUCCACAACCUGCAGCAGCUGGACCUGUCCCUCAGCCCCAGACUCCGGGCCCUGGACGCGGCUGUGUUCUCUGGCCUGGACUCGCUGCGGGAGCUCAAUCUGUCGGGUUCCGGAGUCUCGGGGCUGCCCCGCGGAGCGCUGGAGCUGCUCCCCGCUAUCGGCAGGAUCUGGGUGGGCGGCAGUGCUCUCCGCUGUGGCACGACCGCCCGCGAGGGCUCCUUCCACAGACAGUUCGGCUUCGUUAAGAGACAGCAGGAGCUUCGCUGCUUGGAAGCUGAUGGGGCUCCAGCAGCUCAGUACACAGUGAGGCUGAGAUGAAAUGAACCGAGUCUCGCUCUCCCUCUCACCCUCUCUCUCUGUCUUAUACCUCGUUCUGCAGCCCGUUACCAACCGAUGCCUUUUUUUAUAACCUAAUGUGGAGCCUGUAGGACCUGGGUUUGAUUCCGGAGCAGGGCUAAAGUUUUCUUA